AUGGCCCAAGAAGACGUCAUCAAGACCAACGUGUCCCCGCGGCGCAUGUCCGCCCCGAAGCGCGCCUACCUCGUCGCCUACAACGCCCUCUCGGCAAUCCUCUGGUCCGUCGUCCUCGGCCGGACCGUCGCCACCCUCGCCGCCAACGGCCUCGAGACCGGGCCCGCCCUCGUCUACCCGGCCGUCGGCGAGUGGACAAAGUGGACGCAGACCCUGGCCGCCCUGGAGAUUGUGCACUCGGUGCUCGGCAUCGUCCGCGCCCCGCUCCUCACGACCCUGAUGCAGGUCUCCUCCCGCUUCGCCCUCGUCUGGGGCGCCGUCCACGCCUACCCCCUCAUCGCGCCAGCCCGGCCUACUCCUCCAUGCUUCUGGCCUGGUCCGUCACCGAGGUCCGGCUUCUUCGUCCUCUACCCCGUCGGCAUCUCCAGCGAGCUGUGGGAGCUGCUCAUCGCCGCCCGCGCCGCCGCCGCCGAGGGCAACACCGUGGGCGCCGCCGUCGCGGUCGCCGUGAUGGCUACGUACCUCCCUGGCGCGCCCAAGCUUUACACGCACAUGAUCAAGCAGCGCCGCAAGGUCUUGGGUGGUGGCGGUGCUGAGGCGAGGGAGAAGAAGACGGAAUAG